AUGGUUCCAUACACGGUCGUCUCCCUUUUGUUACUCUUUCUUUUUCUUCACGACUUGUGCUUGAAAAAUUGCAACUACCUCAUCGUCGGCGACUCCAAGGCGAAGGCCGAAAGGGUGGAGAGCCAGUAUGAGGCUCGGUACAAGCGGGCGGAGGACACCCUCACCAUCGCCAAGGUCUGGGGGUGCGAUGGGAACCUCCUGAAAUCGAAGACACACGGCAAAGAGCUGAGAGACGUCGGCCUCUCCUUUGCGCUGUGCAAGCUCCUACGGAGGAAGUUCACCAGCGUCGCGACGGCCGAGAGCGAGAGGUCGAAGGCGGAGCUGCUGGUCUUCGACGACCUCAUCAGCUCCGGCCGAGACCGGACGUUCCGGGUGGUGAGGACGGAGCUGGGCUUCGCGAGGGACUUGCUCUACACCAAGUACCCCAUCAUGUUCAACUCCGGCUUCCCGGUCGUCAGCACGGCGCUGUUCGUGGUGACGGUCGGCGUGUCCGUGUGGAUCACCGUGUCGGCGGUCCGGCACUACCGGGUGCCCCACGGGAGCUCGUCCAACCUCGUCCAUGGCAAGAACGUGGACCUGCUCAUCACCUUCGUCAUCGUGGGCAUGGUCACCGGGAUGGAGAUCUGCGAGUUCUUCAUCCACCUCUUCUUCGACUGGACUAAGGUUAUGGUGGUCACCGAAUACGUCCGGAAACCGUGGCUGCGGGCAUCCCCUUUCCUCAACUGCGUCCUCAACUUCAUCUGCUGCGGCAAGAUCGCGGAGCCCAUCGGCAGCUCUCUGGGACAGUUCGACCUUCUCAAGGCGACCAAGAAGCAGAGACGUCUACCGGAGUGCAUCGUGAAGCUGUACCGCACGGCGAGAUCCUUCGUCCUGCUGACCGGCGACGAGGACUUCCGCGUCAACAAGUGCAAGACCCUCCGGCCGGUCCCCGCAGACGUAGAGGAGAUGAUAUGCAGCACCCUCGCGAACAACAGAAAAGGUUUGGUCGAUGGCCACGAGUCCCUCAAGAGGAGGACCGAGCUGGAAGGCGACGUGCUGCUUUCGGAGCACUGCAAAGCUCAGACGCACAUCGAGAGAAUCAUGGUGUGGCACGUCGCGACCAGCACGCUGGAGCUGAAAGACGGCGGCGGCGGCGGCCGGCAGCCGCGCGUUGGAGGAUCGGACAAACGCUUGAUGGAUUUGGAGGACGGCCGCCAGACUCGGAAAGGACUAGGAUCACGCCGUGUGGACUACAGGCUCCCAAAGCUGCUCCCAGUCGCGAGCAACUCCGUGCGGUACAUGUGCAACGUCCUCCUCGACGAAGCGAAAGCGGUCGGCGGGAAAGAAGCACCCAACGGCGGACGCGGCGGCGAGGAGGCGGCGGCCAACGGGAAGGAGGGACCGACACAUGACAGCCAAGAAGAGGUCGGCGUAGUCUCGAGAGGCUGGAAGCUCGCCAGUGGUCUGGAGAGCGUGCUGGCGCAUGGCAGCGGCGACGGCGACGGCGACGGCCUGUGGGAGGCGCUGGCCGAGCUGUGGUGCGAGCUGAUCGUGUCGAUGGCGCCGCACGGCAGCAUAGUCGCGCACCAGAAGGAGCUCGGCAAGGGCGGCGAGUUCAUCACGCACCUCUGGGCGCUCCUCUACCACGCGGGCAUCGACGACAAGUUUUCGGGCUCGUCCGCCGCCCCCGCCGCCGAUGCUCCGCCUGGCACAGACGACAACUACGGCCGGAACAUCCCCUGCUAG